CUAGUGGAACACGUGACGUUGGAGUGGCCGCUGAACUACGUUCCCCAGAAUCCUUCGAGCCGGGACCCAUUUCUUUCAUGGGAUUCCAUCUCCCCAAGUCCGGUACUUAAGCUGUGCCGCUACUCCCCACGGCCCUUGAAUCACGCAGCGUCCGUGCGGAUCUUGACGGAGCUAACCAGUCCGUGCAGGGCCGCGUGGGAGUGGGCUGUCCUCGGCCCUUUGUUCUCCUUCCCGACUCAGCCACCAGCCAGGAGGAUGGCUCUGCCUUCUCAAGGCUCUGGCCUUUUUUCAAGACAGAAUAUAGUGGAAGAAGAGGAGAGAAUGAUCCUAACAGCCAGGUCCCGGGUAACAGUAACUUUCAAGGAUAUAGCUGUAGACUUUACUAAAGAAGAAUGGCAACAAUUGGACCCUUCUCAAAAAGACUUGUACAGAGAAGUGAUGUUGGAGAACUAUAAAAACCUUGUUUCUCUGGGGGUUCCAAUUUCCAAACCAGAUAUUAUCUACCAAUUAGAACAAGGAGAAGCACCAUGGAUAUCAGAAAGGAAAGUCCAAAGGGGCUCCUCUCUUGGUGGGGAAAUGUUUGAACGAUCUGAAAUCAAGGCAUCAGCUUGGAAGUUGGGCAUUUUUAUAGAAGAAUCAUCCAAGGAAACAUUCAUAUGGGAUAAUUCCUGGGGUCCUGUGUUGGGAGAAGCUAGGGAAUAUGAUAUUAGGUCGGAGGGGCAUUCCAAAUAUGGAAAAUUAACUCAUAGAACAAGUUCCAGUAAAACAAGAAACCAUGAAUAUAAAUUUGGGAAAAGCUUUGAUCAGGAAUCAACCAUUUUUCCUCAACAAAGAAUUUCUGUAGGAAAUAGUCCCAGUAAAUGUGAUGAUUAUGGAAAGAGUUCUAGUCAACAGUCACACAUAGUUAAAUACAAUAGAAUCUCCUCCACAAAAAAGCUUUCUAAAUUCAAUGAAUGUGAAACAUCUUUUAGCUAUAAUACAGACUUUAUUCAAAACCAUAGACUCCAUUCUGGAGAAAAAACUUUUGAGUGCAACAAAUGUGGGAAGACCUUCAGUCAAAAAACUGGCCUUACUGAACACCAGCGCAUUCAUACUGGAGAAAAACCUCAUAAAUGCAAUGAAUGUGGGAAAGCCUUUAGACGCAGUACACAACUUAAUGUACAUCAACGAAUUCAUACUGGAGAGAAACCCCAUAAAUGCAAUGAAUGUGGAAAGGCCUUCAGGCGAAGCACACAACUUACUGUACAUCAGAGAAUUCAUACUGGAGAGAAACCCCAUUUGUGUAAUGAAUGUGGAAAAGCUUUUAGACAGAGCACCCAACUUACUUACCAUCAGAGAAUUCAUACUGGAGAGAAGCCUCACAAAUGUAAUGAAUGUGGAAAGGCAUUUAUCCGCAACACACAACUUACUGUACAUCAAAGAAUUCAUACUGGAGAGAAACCUCACAAAUGUGAUGAAUGUGGGAAAGCCUUUAUCCAGAGAAUACAACUUACAGUACAUCAGAGAAGUCAUACUGGAGAGAAACCUCAUAUGUGUGAUGAAUGUGGGAAGGCCUUUAGACGAAGUACACAGCUUACUGUACAUCAAAGGAUUCAUACUGGAGAAAAACCCCACAAGUGUAAUGAAUGUGGGAAGGCCUUUAUCCGGAACACAGAACUUACUGCACAUCAAAGAAUUCAUACUGGAGAACAUCCCCACAAAUGUAAUGAAUGUGGGAAAGCCUUCAUACGUAGGACACAGCUCACUGUACAUCAAAGAAUUCACACUGAUGAGAAGCCCCAUAUAUGUAACGAAUGUGGAAAAGUAUUUAUCCAGAGUAUACAACUUACAGUACAUCAGAGAAUUCAUACUGGAGAGAAACCUCACAUGUGUAAUGAAUGUGGCAAAACCUUCAACCACCGAUCAUCUCUUAGUUCCCAUCUAAGAAUCCAUACUGGAGUAAAGCCCUAUAAAUGUAAAGAAUGUGGCAAAGCCUUCAUGGAUAGUUCUUACCUUACCUACCAUCAGAGAAUUCAUACUGGAGAGAAACCUUAUACUUGUAAUGAAUGUGGGAAAGCCUUUAACCAUAGAUCAUCCCUUAAAAACCAUCGGAGAAUUCAUACUGGGGAGAAACCUUAUAAAUGCAAUGAAUGUGGUAAAUGCUUCAGUAAUUGUUCAUCUCUUGCUUGCCAUCAAAAAAUCCAUACUGGAGAGAAACCUCACAAAUGCAAUGAGUGUGGAAAGGCCUUCAUUCAGAUUAUCCAUCUUACCGUACAUCAGAGAAUUCAUACGGGAGAGAAACCUUAUGAAUGUAAUGAAUGUGGGAAAGCCUUCAAACACAAUUCAUCCCUUACUUCCCAUCUCAAAACCCAUAGUCGAAAGGAACCACAUAAAUGGAGCCGACAACAUAGUCAUCAUCAGAGAAAUCAUACAAGUAAGAAACCUCUUAAAAAUAAUAAAAGUGGUAAAACCUUCACCCACAGUCCAUCCCUUAGUCAUCAGAAAAGUCACAUUGGAGAGAAGUCUUCUGAAACUCAAACCCCUCAUCCUGACAGUACUUCAGUGAAUCCAUGAGUGUGGGUACUGUGUUGCUGGUUGCAGCCCAAAUACACUUCACUCUGUGCACUUCUUGUUUAUGUUCAUCCUAACAUGUCUAACAAAAUAAUUCUCUCAGAAUUUACCAGUUAGCAUGUGUAGUAGCACUUUCCAUUCUCACUUUGAUCUUGCUAUACUAUCUGAAAUUAUUGAACACUUUUCUAAACUAUAGUUUCUCCUUAAACUUUAAAAGGAGUACACUUUCAAUUCCCUUCCAAUCGCAUCAAUUUCUCCUCUACCUCCUUUAUUAGUUCCUCAUCUAUUUCUAGAUAGCUUGAGGAAGUUAUUUCCCAAAGUUCUGUUCUUGUUCCUUUUCUCUGUCUUUUUUUUUCUUAGAAGGAUCGUUUAUUCCAUGCCUCCAACUAUAUAAACUGAAGUUGACUCCCAGAUCAUUAUCUAGCUUUUAGCUCUCUCCCAAGCUCCAGACCUCUAUGUUCUAUCUUCAGGACAAUUUCAUUAAAGUCCCACAAGCAUUUCAAACUCACAUGUCCAAAGCUGAACUUAUUUGUUUUUGUCUCUGCCCCUAAACCUGCUGUUUCUUUUGAUUUGACAUUGGUGCUACCAUUCUCCUCACUUGAUUUUAUGUUUAGUUCUCCUGACUCCCUCACCUCAUACACAAUUAUCUAACCAUGUCCUUUUGACAUUUAUUUUAUUUGGUCAUUUAACAAAUACUCAUUCAACCCAUUCUAUAAACAGAGAACUUCGUAAGUCUAUGCUUAACUACAGAGAUUUAAUGACAUGUUUUACCUAUAAUGGCAGUCCCAGUCUACUAGACAAUAGAAUGCAAUAUCUGUAUUAUAACUUAUACAUUCUUUUCUUACUGUGUUACCACCCUUCUCAUCUUAAUAUAAGUCUUUCCUACCACCAGCCUAGAAAAAUACUACAACCUAGUAAAAGAUCUUUUCCUUUUUUAUUAACCUUUCAAUUCAUCUUUUACGAGGUUGCCAUUUCCACACAUAGAAUUAAUUGGGUCAUGCUUAUACUCUUAAAAUCUUCAAUGGUUCUCAGUAACCUAGAGAGCAAUUGAAACCCCAACACCUGCUAUAUACACCACACUUGUAAUUCACAAUUAGCCUGCCAUUCCAGCCUUAUCUCAUACUAUUUCACUUCAUGUACUCUUUGCUUCAGUAAGACCAGACAGUUUGUUCCAUCAAUACACAUUUUCUGUUCAUGCUGUUCCCUAUGCUUAGAUUGUUCUUUGACCACUUGAUUUCUCUUCAUCCUUUAAGUCUAACUCAAGUGCUCCUUUUUGAAGUCUUCCAUGACCCUGUGGUCUCCAUACCCUACUCCAUCCCCAUAUUUCAUGUAGCACUUUGUGCCUAAUAGAAUGUGUAUUAUUUUAAAUUAUAAUUCUCUGGAUAUGUCAUCUUUAUACUGUAAGUUUCACAAAGGCAAAGACUGUUGUACAUAGAAAUGUUUUUCUCCAGGACCUGUCACAGUGUCCUUCACACAGAAGAUGAUUAUUGAAGUGAACUUUAUUGAAUUGAUGACAUGAAAACUUUUAUUUAAAGUGUUUAUCUGACUAAAUAUCAAUGAAUUCAUAUUAUAGAGAGACUUUAUAAACAGUUCAUUAGUGGCAUAAGGCCCCUGCUCUGGUACUAAACUGAUUCUUGACUUUUUGGUUUAAUAUUCCAGAAAUCCCUUUCCCUUGAAUUCUACCUUCUGCCUUCUAAAGAUAAUUUUCCUUCAUUGCAUCUUACUAUGGAUAUUUUUGUAGUUGAUGUAGCCAAUUGAAAGCCCAAUUCUGUAACUUUCCCAACAAUGUUUAUUUAUUGGCUCAGAUAAAUUUGUAAUUAGUGGAAGUUCCAGUAAGAUGGGAUCUUGGUGAUCAUGAAAGCCAGUUCCCUUAUUUUAUAGAUUAAGAAACUGAGGCCCAGAGAGGGAUGAGUAAUUUGUUCAAGAUUGUAAGUGGCAGUGCAUGUAAAUGAAAUAAUGCGUGUGAAGUCCUAUAUAAAACUUAAAAGAUAUAAUGGUUUCAAAUAA